AUGGCUCUCGAAGUCUGCGUGAAAGCCGCCGUUGGUGCCCCUGAUGCUCUCGGCGACUGCCCGUUCAGCCAACGGGUCCUUCUCACCCUGGAGGAGAAGAACCAGCCCUACAAGAUCCAUCUCAUUAACCUCUCCGACAAACCUCAGUGGUUCUUAGACAUUAAUCCUCAAGGGAAAGUACCUGUGCUUAAGAUCGACGACAAGUGGGUACCUGAUUCCGACAUCAUCGUCACUAUUCUCGACGACAAGUAUCCAAACCCAUCUCUCAAGACUCCUCCUCAGUUUGCCUCCGUUGGAUCCAACAUCUUCAGCACUUUCGUGAGUUUCCUCAAGAGCAAAGACUCCAAUGACGGAACCGAACAGGCCUUGCUUGUUGAGCUAGAAGCUCUGGAGGAUCAUCUCAAGUCUCAUGAUGGUCCUUUCAUCGCUGGUGAGAGAGUCACUGAGGUGGAUCUAAGCUUAGCACCCAAGCUUCAUUAUCUCAAGGUCGCUCUUGGCCAUUUCAAAAGCUGGUCUGUCCCUGGGAGCUUGUCCCAUGUUAAUGGCUACAUGAAAGCUUUGUUCUCUCUUGACUCCUUUGAGAAGACAAAGACUGAGGAGAAGUAUGUUAUCUCUGGAUGGGCUCCCAAGGUCAACCCUUGAAAGAACUAGCUCAAGAGUGUCUUCAGUAAGAAAAUAAUGUUAUUGGACUUGUAUUGUAUCGAUGAAAGAUUUCCUAAAUUCCAAGGAUAGCCAUGUUAAACAAACUUCUUCUGAACACUUUAUGCCUCUUGUUUCCAUGUCUCUCACUAACCUUCCACCUAAUUUAGGUUUGCCAGUGUUUACAUAGCCCAUGAUCAUGGAUGUGUAGAUCUUCUUGUCUGGCAUUAAAACGUAGCUCUUCAAGCUUUCAAAUGCCUCUGUUGCUCGCUCAAGAUUGUCUGAUUUACUGUAUAUUUGAAUCAAUAUAGUGGCAGUCGAAAUGUCUGGAAAGAUCCCAUUUUGGGACAUUUUCUUUAGAAUUCUCUCAACAUCUUCAGUGUGGUUCUCUUUGGAAUGGAAAUGUAUUGAGUUUUGAG